CUCACGAGAGGAAAGUUGACUUCCCACAUUCGGGGUCUCCCAGAAGAAGUAUAGUCACCGUGGACUCAGGGUCUCGGGUCUCUGCAUCAGCCAUGAGAGAAUGGGGGGUUGUACUCCGUACUCCGAAGUUUGAGGCUGCUGAAUGAUAUGAUGUUGAAUAAUGGACCUUAUCGCAUAUUGAAUUACAUAAUGUCCUUAUCUGAGAAAUGCACUAAGCCGCUUCCGGCGACAUGCCCCGAACCAAUCAGAUCCGACCUUUACACACUGCAGGAGAAACGAAACGCGUGGGUGCUGCAGGUCAAACAAACACCGCCCUGUCAUCUCCCUAAAGACAUCUUCCUGACGCCCAGUCCAGGCAGCAACCGAUGUUUCAUCAGUAGACAUCGCAUCGGAAGAGUCCGAGCCUCAUGGGUUUGUACUGGAUUUUUGAACGACUUACCGAGCACGGUUCCUGAUUCGGCAGACAUCAAUUGCCGUUCUAACCGGGAUGCAUGCGCCACGAAGGGCCAUGAUUUUGACAGUGAAACAGUUCCAUAUUAUCUCGUGGAUUCAUGGAUACAGCCUCAUUUCCCCCACUUACCUGCUACUCUAUCGGAGAUUCGAUCUCAGAGCGAACCACGUAAAUCGGUGCUUGAAUGUUAUCGGUAUCUCAGCUUGAACUGAGUCGUCUUUGCUCUGUUCUCCUUUAAUUUUCGGUACACAAUUUAGCGGCUGCGAUAAGCGACGAGAAGAGAAGCCAUGGCACCUGAGAAAGAAAUGACAGGCUCUGCUUGAUUCGCUGCAAGAAAACCUGGACCCUCUCGAACC